UAGAACAAUUCAUUUGUAAUCACUUUUAUGGACGGUUGAAAGUACAAGUCCAGUUGCACCCGAUGGGUGAUUAUGCCUAGAAAAACAAGCCGAUUUCCAUCGAUAUUUGCCAUCGCAACGUGACAGUUUGAUUUUUUAAAAGCAUAAUUUGUUAACUUGACGAUCACGACCUCGAGUCAUUUGGUAUAAAAGCAUGGGUACCCAAAUGUGAAAGCCAGUUCUGCUUACGAAGAGCAAACGUUCAAUCGAAGUUGCGUUGCUGGUAAAUCGAUAACGUUCCUUUACGGACCCAACAAACAAGAUGAACUACUUACUUUCCGGGUUUGCCUGCCUGUUUAUUGUAACGCAGAUAGUCGGUGCAGAAGCAAUUGACCAUCAUCUGGAAAUCAGGCAAAAGUGUUUCGCCGAACAUGGUUUGGAACAUGCAUCAGGAAGCGCGGCGUAUUUCGAAAAUCCAAAGUCAAAGUGCUACCUGAAAUGUUUCUUCGAGCACAACAAAUUGUUCCAUGCAAACGGUGAUUUUGACAUCGCCGCGGCACUCGUGCUGGUCGACGAGUCAAUUCGCGAUCAGGCGAGACCAUUGGGGGAAAAAUGUGCGGGCGAGCACAACAAAAUUGCGGAUAGAUGCGAGAAGGCGUACGAAGUGAUGAAGUGCUUCUUCAAGGCAUCUCCAGAGCUCUUCCCACACCUGGGAGUAUUCGAGCCCCCUCACGCCUGAAGAUCAACGACGCGAAUAAAACAAAAACACUGAACAGGAUUUAUCGAUAGUUCUCGAGUAGCAGCCUGGAAUCUCUUUUUUUAUUUUAUUUUCUUCUUAUCUUCAUUACUUAUUCUGAUAACACGAUGAUGCUGAUAUGAUAUUUUGCCCUCUAAUUAUACCCAAGUAAUAAAGUAUAUUUCAAAUUCAAA